AUGGUUUGGGAGGCCUGCAGCGGCCAGGAGCUGAGCGUGCGUCUUCCUAUCCCUGCCGCCUCCUGGUCCGGUGGGCGUCCCCCGUCGUCCGCCGGCUUUCCUUCGCCUUAUCUCGUAUUCCGCGGUCUUCGGUCGUUAUCGUCGUUGUCGUCUUCUUUCUUCAUCGUCUUCGUUCUUCUUCUUCUUCUUCUUGCCGAAAAGUUGGGUGAGAAGCAAAAGAAGAAGAAGAAGAAGAAGCAAGAAGAAAAAAAAGAAGAAGGAAGGGAAGAAAAAGGGCAGAAGAAGACAACAAGCCGAAGCUGA